UACCAUGAUGUCUACAGGCACCUCAGCUUAAUUGUGAACCAGGGAGAGCAAGCAAUCUUCAGGUCCCUCACCAGCGACCUUGAUGACGUCAUAAUGACAGUGGAAGGCGGGGUUAAACUACGGCUGGUGUUUGGUGACAUCACAAAUGAGACUACUGACGCUGUGGUGAACACGACCAACUUUGUUGAUUUCGAGAACGGUGUGUGCAAAGACAUCUUAACCGUAGCCGGACCAGAGGUGGAGUAUGAACUCUUUACAGCAAAAGAAGGCCAUGGAGACUUUUGUGUAACUGGAGCUGGAUUUUUCCCCUGUAAAUCCAUUUUUCACAUCAGUGGGAAAAAGGACCCAGUCCGUAUUGAACGCGUGGUGGGUCGUAUUGUUGAAUAUUGUGAAAUACUUGGAUACAAAUCCGCCGCCAUUCCUGCUAUAUGUGCUGGAGCUGGCCGGAUGGACCCUGGUGUAGUGGCAGGUGCUAUCCUCAGAGGGGUCAAGGCUGCCACGUCCUCUCGUCCUCUUUACUGUCUCACUGACAUCCGCCUUGUCCUGAUUAGGAUCAACGUCUUCUUGGCCUUUAAAGAGGAGGCAAUGCAUAUGUAUCCCACUGCUGCUAUCAACAAAGGGCCACUACCUCAGUUGCCUCCUGUACAACAACUACAACUACAGCCCCCAUCGUCGGUGUGCCCAGACCUAAACAUCCUCCAAACCAGCUCCACAAGCCAGCAGUCCGUCUUCAUCUUCCUGGGCCUCUCCAGAAAAGAUGUUGACCAAUCCAUGACGAAGCUGAAGGAGCUGUAUCAGGCUCAGUGCUCCACUAAAACCUUCAAAACAGAGGACCUGGCAGGCCUCACCCAGGACGAUGUGACCAGUCUGAAGCAGCUGGUGGAGGCCGAGGGUCUGUACGUGCAGAAGGACCCCACCAGUCAGGGCAGCUUAACCGUGAGUGGGCUCAGAGACGGCGUCAACAAGGUGACGCUGAUGAUUAACACCUGUCUGCAGGACUGCUUAAGGAGAGAGGUGAGAGCCAGGGAGGAGGAGGAGCUGUACAGCCGCGUGUCAUGGUGCAUCCUGACACACAGCGGCUACUGGGAGAGACUGCCCAAAACAGCCAAUCACAACCUGGAGAAGGAGGAGGUAGCAGGAGGGAUAACGGACGCAGAGAACAUCCAGUGGAGCGUAGAUCUGCAGCGCAUGGAGGCCACAAGACAACCAACGAGACAGACGGCGCAGCUGAAACGACUGCAGCAUCUCCCAGACUUCACUCUGCCUCUGUACUGGGACAACAUGGCUGAAGGUGAAACUCUGAAGAGGAUUGCACUGCAGCCGUCCUCUGCUGAGUACAGGACAGUGAAGGAGGGCUUCAAACGAACUGUCCAAAAGACUGUAAUGAGGAUCGAGCGCGUGCAGAACAUCCACCUGCGACGCGCCUACGAAUCGCAGAAGAAGCACAUCUGUGAUAAGAACAAGCAGCAGGGCGGAGCAGAGGAGAAGCUGCUGUACCACGGGACGACCCAGGACAACUGUGACUCCAUCAUGAAAACUGGAUUCAACCGGCGAUUCUGCGGACAGAACGCAACUUCAUACGGUCAGGGAACCUACUUUGCCGUACAUGCCAACUACUCAGCGAACCUCACCUACUCCAAACCAGCUGCUGAUGGUUCCCAGUUAAUGUUCGUGUCUCGAGUCCUGACCGGUUUCUACACUCAAGGCCAAAGCGACAUGAAGGUCCCGCCUGCUCGCAGCCCACUGCAGCCCCAUGACCGAUACGACAGCGUGGUGGACAGAAUGGACAUACCAAACAUGUUCAUCGUGUUUCAUGACAUCCAGGCGUACCCGGACUACCUCAUCACCUUCAAGUGAAGAGGAGGGAAAAAUGAUUUAUUUUUACUUGGUGUUAUAUAAGUGUAGAAAUACACAGAGGGGCGAGUUCACAAAGAAUAGAUUGCGGCUGCUGACAGCACCAUGAAUUGCGCAUCACUUGCAAGCUCUAUCUGCCCCGUCAUAAGGACCUAUUCACUAAAGAUAUAUCGCAAAUUAUAUCACAGUGCCAUUAAGUUUUGAAGUGCAAUUUGUCUUCUUUUUACACACAAUUGCACUUAUCCAAGAGACAGAAUAUAAAUGCACAAGAGGUUAAAGUGUGGGGAGCCCUGAAUAACUGACAACACACACACACAGUCCACUUUCACACAGUGAACAUAUGUGAGCACAUCAGCUGUGGACACCAUGAGAGUUGGACUAACCCAGAAAUCUAUUAGUUUAUUAACCUUAUUAAUUUUCCCAUGUAUUUUUAACGUAGGAGAGCUGAGAGGAGCGUCCUGCCUCUGAAUUCCCUUUAAAAAGGGGUUUGAGUCGACCUUAUAUUCGUCCUUAUAAAUGCGCUUCAUUUACCAGCAGCUCUCUGACGAUGCUACUUUGCCAAUUUUUAUAGAGAAGGGUUGACUUUGCACCAAAUGUAGUCAUAUUACCUUAUUUAAAUACAGACAAAUUGAACCGGAGCACAGCACAGUUAGAGGUCUUUCAAUCCUUUUGUGAAUUUGCCACAGGAAGUCUUCAGAGUAAAGUGAAAUGAGCUUUAGGAUUUUAGAUAUAUAUGGGUAUGUUUACUUCAAGUUAUAGUUAUACAAUGUUCAUUUAAAAAAUAACGACUAAAUAUGUUUUGUAAGCAAAUUUUCUUUCCGCGAUGGAUGAUAGUGAGGCAGCACAACUUCUUACACACAAACUGACAUAUGGAAAAUGUACUGUAAAAAAUAUUCUUAUUUAACUGUCUCUUUACAUCAACAAAAAGUGGUAAAUGGUCAAGUGGGCUGCACUUGUACAGCACUUUUCUAUUUGUGAUGACCACUCAAAGCACUUUUAACACAACAGAUGGUCAUUCACCCAUACAUUCAUACAGUAAUAAUGCCAAAUCCAAUCAUCCUCCAGUGACAAAUUUGGCAAUUUGGGAUAAUGUAGACAUGUAGACUGCCAUGGUCAGGGUUCGAACUAGCAACCUUCUGAUCACUGAGCAACAUGUUUAGUGUUUCCCAACAUGACUUGAUUCAUCGACAACUCAAAGAUAAAAUGAAAUAUGAAGAUAUUGAUGAAAUAUUCACAUUUAAGAAUCAGAACAUUUGAAGUUUUUCUCAAAAAAAUUCUCAAACUGAGUUGGUGAUUCAUUUAAUAGCUGACAACUAACAAAUUAAUCUUACAACAAAGAGGAAACAAAACUGAUUUUUUCAAUGCAGCACUUCUUCCAAUAAUUACAGUGCCAUUAUUGAAAAGAAAAUGUAUUAAUUAUAGAUAUAAAUACAACUUUUUUAUUUUACAAAAUGUAUGACAUUAACUUCUGAAUAUGCUUAAAUUUACGACAUUUUAAGCACAGUGGGAACUCACAACAUGAACACAAAAUGCACAUAAAGUAGAAUUUGAUGGAUUUAUGUUUCUGACUUGUAAUUCUGACUUGAAUGACCACUUCAUUGCACUUUACGGUAUUGAAGUUCUCAGUACAAUGGGUUGAUGGCCACGACUAACGAUUAUAUACAUUGUCAAUUAAUCUGAUGAUUAUUUUUUUGAUUAAUCAAUCAGUUGUUUGGUUUAUAAAAUGUCAUAAAAUGUAAGAAGCUGGAAUCAGAAAAUAUUUAAUGUUUUUAAAAAAUGUUUUACUCUAACCGAUUAAUCUCUUUGAACACUUUUCCGCAAAGCUGCAUUAUUUAUCAUUCAACCUGUAAACUCUUGUGGUAUAAAUUGAACUAAAAUGACAAUAUUAUUGGUUUAACCUGGACUACAUUGAUUGAAAUGUUCAAGAUAAGCUGAUCAAAUGUCAACAGAUUUAUUGUAUAAUAUGUACAGCUUUCUUUGACUAGGAUGACACUAAAACUAAAACUUGUCUAAAUAAAAACAGGAUGAAGCUGACAAAAUAUAAUAAAAACUAAAAAUCUGACAAAUAUACAUAUAAAUAUUUAUUAUUUAAUGUUGACAUAAAGGAUCUCAAGAUCACAGUCUGCCUGGGACUCAAUAUAAAUAUAAAUAUAAAUUGUUUUUGGAAAUUGAAACGGUUUUGAAUUUGUAUUUGUACAAUCAUACCUUUACUGCCUAUUCAUGCCUUAAUA